GUCUCUUCACCACAACCACCACAACCAUGUCCGAGAAACUCAAGGAAUUUAUCGAGAUUCCUCAGGAGUUCAUCCACGAUGGACAGCAGUUCUUGAACCGUUGCACAAAGCCUUCACAGAAGGAGUUUGUCCAAAUCUCAAAGGCUGUCGCAGUUGGCUUCGCUGUCAUGGGAUUCCUUGGCUAUUUCGUCAAGCUCAUUCAUAUCCCUAUAAACAAUAUCCUCGUUGGCGGCGCAUAGACACACGAUUCCCUCAUUCUUGUAUUGUAUGGCAGGCUAUUUAUCGGAAAUCAUACCGUUCUUUUCAUGUUC